AGUUCUCUUCCUGUUACUUUCGCGUGGUUUUGGACGGGACGUCCUGGAGUUUGUUUUCCGGAAGCGUGUUUCCUUUGAUCAAACUAGUUAACGCCACAGUAUCGAGAGCUGUACGGUGUGAGAGAUGUAACGAGGGAGUCUCCUUUCCAGCUCUGUCUUUCAGCUUAACAAGCAAAGAUCAGCGUUAGCUGCCCGGUGGGUUAUGGAAAUAGACGGUCGAGACUUUCUGAAGACCCCUUCUGUGAAGACGGUCAGAUUUGGAGGUAGUGUUGCGGAGACGUUAGAGAAACACAAACACGGAGACUCGAGUGAUUAUGAACUCCUGAAACAUCAGCUGGUUGAUCCUGAGAUAAAGGAUGCUCAGAUCAUCAACUGGCUGCAAGAAUUUCGGACUUGUGUGACCCACCUGACCAAGGAUCAUGAACAGCUCAUUUAUACUAUACUGAGGCUUCCUUGGCUGGGCCGGAGCCAGGCUGUGGUGGACGAGUACCUGGCCUUUCUGGGUAACCUGGUGUCAGCACAGACUGUCUACUUGUGUGCCUGCCUUAACAUGGUGGUCUCCCACUUCACCCCCAAGAGAGUGACCAUCUGUGAAGGAGGAGUGGAUAUCUCUGAUUCAGAUGAUGAAGAUGAGAAUCUACCCAGAAACUUUGAUCACUGUCACCAGGCGCUGCAGCUCAUCAUCAGAUACGUUCCCUCCACAAGUCGCUUUCUGAUGCCCAUUUUGCAAGAAAGCUUUCCCUUCAUACAGAAAUCCUCAAGAACACUGGAGUGUUACGUCCAUAACCUCCUGAGGAUAACAGUGUACAUCCCCUCCAUUCGGCGAGACAUACUUGAGCUGAUCAUUGGAAAACUGCUGAAACUGGAUGUGAAUGCAUCCCGCACACAUAUUGAGGAGGCUGAAGAAAACCGAGUGCAGACCCAGAAGGCAGAGGAGCAGUCUGAGGAGUGUCUUUUUGACAUGGAUGAAGACGUGUCAGCAGAUGAGCCCACCAGGACGACUGUGAUGGCCCAUCCAGUGGCAGAAAGACUAGACACUCUCAUGGCCGUGCUUAUGGCUUACAUCAAGGAUAUCUGCUAUGUCGACGGGUCUUUUCAUGUGGAAAGGACAAAGGAGCUGUACAGAGAUUUGUUGACUGUAUUUGACAAGCUCAUUCUGCCAACACAUGCUUCUUGUCAUGUGCAGUACACUCUCUUUUACCUCUGCAGCUUCAAGCCGGCCCUGGCAGAGGCCUUCUUGGAUCACCUGUGGAAGAUCCUGCAGAACCCGUCUCUGCCUGCUGUCCUUCGCCAGGCUGCUGCUGGAUACCUGGGAAGUUUCCUGGCCCGAGCCAAGUUCAUCCCAUUGAGCACUGUGUGGGCCUGUCUGGAUUUGCUGAUCUCCUGGAUCCAUCAGUACAUCGACAGCCAGGACAGCUGUGGGAAACAAGUGUGCUGUGAUGUCAGCCUGCACGGGCCCUUCUACACUUCCUGCCAGGCUGUCUUCUACACAAUCAUCUUCAGACACAGAGCGAUGCUAGAGGCCAACAUGAAGAAAGGUCUGGAGUACCUGCAGAGUCUGAACCUGGAGCGGGUGGUGAUGUGUCAGCUGAAUCCUCUCAGAGUCUGCCUACCUUCAAUCACCAACAUGUUUGCUGCCAUCACAAGGAAGUACCAAGUGGUGUUCUGCUACACCAUAAUAGAGAGGAACAACCGGUGUGUGCUGCCAGUGGUCCGCAGCUCUGCCGGAGGAGACUGUGUGACCACCAACACCAACCCACUCGACAGUUUUUUCCCCUUCGACCCCUACCUGCUCAAGAGGUCUGGUCAGCUCAUUGAACCAUUGUACCAGGUUUGGGAUGAUCUAUUAGACACAGAGCCAUUUCCCACCAAAAGAGGGCAACAGGGCUCGAGGGAGGAUGAGGAUGACUUCCUAUAUGGAGAGACACCUCAAGCUGAGGGCAUUGUGGGACUGACGCCCAACUCCUAUGAUUCAAAUUUCCGCAGUCCAAGCAGCUUAGGUUCACCACCCAACAGCCUCCAGAGGCCAUUUUAGUUUCGGUUGUAUGGCAUGUACUAGUAAGGGCUGAUGACUUCUUUAACUUGUAAAGAAAGACAGCAGAUCCUGUACACUGACUAUUUCAUAUGAUGCUUUUAUAAGCUCCAACCACAGUCUGAAGAACACCAGCCCAGGACAACAUGGAUGUGACUAAAGCCCUUUUUAGAUCUGGGAUGACAUUAUUUUAUUAAAGUGACAGUGUUCAGACAUUGAUUAGUUUUAUGUUAAUGUUCUUCACCACACACAAAUACUUAUGGUAGUGACAGUGUCCAUCAGUACUAAAAUUUUCUAUCCAACCUUGUUAGUUUGUUUGUUUGUGUGUGUGUGUGUGUGUGUGUGUGUGUGUGUGUGUGUUUCUCUGCGUGCGUGCAUCUUUUCAAUUGGGAAAAUGCAUGACACUGCAAGUUAAGCAGACUUAGUAAGAAACCAUUUUGUACAGGUUAUUUAUGUUUAGUCAUUUUCAAAUAACCAAUAAAUGAACUGUGACUUAUACAGCACUUUUCUACUCUA